AUGUCACUCCGGAAGUACCAUCAGAGUAUGGAUAAAGGCAAACCUGGCUACGCAAUCUUUGAUCCCUUUUGGGUUCAAAACGAGACUGGUAUGUGGAGUUAA